AUGGCAGUUCAAAAUAAAGUUUUGUAUGCGUUUCGCGGUUGGAUAGCGUUUGUAGCGUUUAUGGAUUUAGGAACAGCCGGCCGGUCCUAUAUUGAGAGAAGAUCGUUCUUAAGUCAUAAUGGAGACAAUGAUCACUUAGACGGUGAUUUCACGAUAUCUAGAAUGCUGGGCAUGUACUCUGUGUUGAAGGCGCUCGCCUUGAUCCACUGCACGUUGUAUAUACAUUACAGACCCGUGGUGUCAAUGGGCUACUGGUCGUUGUUUCUAACAAUAAUAUUAUAUUUCACGGAGGCCUUCUAUUUUCACUCGACGAAUCUCAACUUCUAUGUCGUCUUUCCUUGCAUACUGAACAUUAUCACUCUACUGGGUUUACUGUAUCUACCCUCGAAAUUGAAAUUAUGGGGUACGAUUCCCGGUACUUCCGGUAUGGACAGAGAGUUAGAUGACGAGAACACGCAGAUACUACGGCAGAUGGGUAAUUUCAGACGACGGAAACCUGGCAACCCCAUCAAAAAUAAACACUUCUGAUUAGUGUUACCGCGGUGUAAAAAUAAUUGGCUGUGUAUUUCCUACACUUGAUGAAAUAGGGGCCUUAUAAAAUCAUUGUUGUUUUUUAUUUAAUUGAAUACACAAAUUGUCACAAAAAAUAUUUUUUAUAGUUUUUUUAUCUGCUAAUUGGUUUUUCUUCAUUUUUUUAAUGACAGUGACAUUUUGUGCAUUUAAUUAAGUAUGCAUUUAAAGUUUUUUUUUUUUUUUAAUUUCGUAAAAUAAGCGUUUUAAAAUUAAAUAUCGCACUGGCAAAUGAUUUUAACUUACCGAAAUGAAAUCUCAAAUCAUCAAAAUUUACAUUAAAUGGUUUAAUAAAAAAACAAAUUAUUUACAAAUAGUUGAAACGGAACUACAUUAACAAAAAAUAACAGAAAUCACGUGGUAUUGUCUAUAAAAUUUUGACAGUUCUUGAAAAUUUUAUUGAGAUGGUAUUCUAGACAGCAGUAAACAAUCUGUAUUGUGACUUUUCCAUUCCACAUGACAUACGUGAAAUUAGUUAUGGGAAGAGAAAUUGAUGACUAAUCAAAACGUAAGAAAACGUCCUAAAAUUUUAGAUGUUAAAUGUUUUACACCAAUUUCGUUAUGUGUAACAACUGGAAAAAAAAUAAUACUGACCAGUGCUGCCAACUACUAAACCAAGGCCGACGCUGUAUUCGGUAAAACUUUGACUGUAAAAGCCUGACCUUAACAUAGAUUCUUAACAGUCAAACGUAUUCUAUUUUUUUAAACUGACAUAAC